ACGCGGCAAAGCCGAGGCACCUUUGACAAGGGUAGCGGGUGUAGUUGCCUCGUCUCAGUUUAGCUCUACCAUUGUGCGCGCCUCCGCAGUCGCAUGACGUCUGUUGCGAUCAACGAAACGCGCGCUCUCUCCUUUGCAUCAUUUCCAUUUCAAAAGCCAUCAUGGAGGAAAAGCCCGGGUUUGAUGGUCAAUUCACACCGCCGCUUCCCGAGACAGAGGAUUCAAGGCGCCAUCCAUCGCCACAUUGGCUUCGUCAACGCCGACGCAAAUCAUUCGUUCUUGUCGCGCUCGUUGCGUUUCUUACCUUGAGUCUUGUGCGGAUUGUAUUUGUAUCUCUUGAUCUGGACCCACCUCUCUUACGGUUUUGGCAAUGGAGUCACUGCUAUAGGGGAGGGAUCCGGCAGCCAGCCGGCGGGGCUGUGUUUCAAGGCUCUGAGGCGCUUGAGUCUCACAAGGUGGCGCUUGAGGCCCAUAUUAUGAGUAAAUGUCCGGAUGCGAAGGUGUGCCUCCACGACUUGGUCGUGCCAGCAAUGGAGCGCGUGUCCGAAAAAGUGAACUUUACCCUAUCAUACAUAGGAACGCCAACAUACCAAGACGGCGGUGUGGCAUGUAUGCAUGGUCCAUCAGAAUGUCUAGGCAACAUUAUCGAGCUCUGCGCAGCAAACGAGUAUCCUGAUCCGAAGAUUCACCUUGGAUUCACCAUGUGCUUGACGAACAACUACCAGGAAAUACCAGAGCGGGAGCUGAUAGAAGACUGCGCCCUUGAGCAUGGAGUGGACGUCGAGCAGCUCGAUGACUGCGUGGCCCGCGACGUAGGCGCCUACGGAGUAGGUUUGCUGCGUGACAGCGUGGAGCGGAGUGCCAACGCCAGUGUCACCACGAGCUGUACUGUUCGGCUCAAUGAAAAAGUCCGAUGUGUCCGCGAUGGUGGCGAAUGGAAGAACUGUGAGGGCGGGUUUGAAGUGGACGAUCUUGUCCGCGAUAUUGAGCAGCUUUAUACCUUUUAUGAUUAACAAGUCGGAAACGAUUCCUAUACUGUACCACUAG